CCGCUGCGGCUCCGGCUCCAGCUCCGGCCCCUGCCGGGGGCAGCGGGCGCCGUGGGCCGGGCCGGGCCGGGCCAGGCCGGGGCGGGGGCCGGGCGGCGCGGGGGCGGCUCCGCGGCGGCGGGGAGCCUCCAGGAGGUGGCCAUAUUGGAUCCAUUCAGCGCAGCGAGCCGCGGCGGCGCCGAGCGCCGGGGCCGCGCCAGCCCGGACAUGGCCGCCACCGACCUGGAGCGCUUCUCCAACGAAGAGAAGAGGAACCUCGCCCUGGGGGGCCAUGUGGGGUUCGACAGUCUCCCCGACCAGCUGGUCAGCAAGUCCGUCACGCAAGGCUUCAGCUUCAACAUCCUCUGCGUGGGUGAGACUGGCAUUGGGAAAUCCACACUAAUGAACACCCUCUUCAACACCACGUUCGAGACGGAGGAAGCCAGUCAUUACGAGAGCGCAGUUCGCUUGCGGCCGCGGACCUACGACCUGCAGGAGAGCAACGUUCACCUGAAACUCACGAUCGUGGAUGCGGUUGGAUUCGGAGACCAGAUAAAUAAAGACGAAAGUUACAGGCCGAUAGUUGAGUACAUUGAUACGCAGUUUGAAAACUAUUUACAAGAAGAGCUGAAAAUCCGUCGUUCUCUCUUCAACUAUCACGACACAAGGAUUCAUGUCUGCCUGUACUUCAUCACUCCAACGGGACACUCGCUCAAGUCCUUGGACCUGGUGACAAUGAAGAAGCUGGAUAGCAAGGUGAACAUCAUCCCGAUUAUCGCCAAGGCGGACACCAUCUCCAAGAGCGAGUUGCACAAGUUCAAGAUAAAGAUAAUGAGCGAGCUGGUCAGUAACGGCGUGCAGAUCUACCAGUUCCCCACAGAUGACGAAGCGGUCGCCGAGAUCAACUCCGUGAUGAAUGCUCACCUGCCCUUUGCCGUGGUUGGCAGCACGGAGGAGGUGAAAGUUGGGAACAAGCUGGUGCGAGCGCGGCAGUACCCGUGGGGCGUGGUGCAAGUUGAGAAUGAGAGUCACUGCGACUUUGUGAAACUGAGAGAAAUGCUGAUUCGAGUCAACAUGGAGGAUCUUCGGGAGCAGACUCACACCCGCCACUACGAGCUGUACCGGAGGUGCAAGCUGGAGGAGAUGGGCUUCAAGGACACGGAUCCGGACAGCCAGCCGUUCAGCCUCCAAGAAACGUACGAGACCAAAAGAAAGGAAUUCUUGGGCGAGCUCCAGCGGAAAGAGGAAGAAAUGAGACAAAUGUUUGUUAACAAAGUCAAGGAGACGGAGGCAGAGCUGAAGGAGAAGGAGAGAGAGCUGCAUGAGAAAUUUGAGCACUUAAAGAGGAUACACCAGGAGGAGAAGAGGAAGGUGGAGGAGAAGAGGAGGGAGCUGGAAGACGAGAUGAAUGCCUUCAACAGGCGGAAAGUAGCGGUGGAAACCUUGCAGUCCCAAUCCUUGCAGGCUACCUCACAGCAGCCGCUGAAGAAGGACAAAGACAAGAAAAAUUAAUCACACACAGACUUUCAGGCCCCGAGCGGACUUGGUACUUUCGGGUGUUAAGUUGCGUGCGUUCCCACCUUGCCAUCCUUCUGUCCUAGCAGUGUGUGAGUGGACCAAAGUGAAAGAGAAAAUGAGCAUCUCCCGCGGUGGCAGUGUAACGACUUGCUGUUAACUUAUCAGUAGGUUUUAAGGAAGUAAACUUACUAUAUAACUCUUUUCUUUUUGUUUAAACAAAGCCAACUAAUCCCCAAAGCGAGGAGGAGUUUUGUUCUAAACCUAGUGAUUAAGCAGCCACGUAUAAAGUGACCGUAACUGCCUGAACUCCUCUCACCCACCAGCUAAAUCCUUGCUUUCUAGGCUAUUUUUUACUGGCUAAGGUGAGUGCUGAGAGCUGGCUUGGCCUUUCCCCUCUGUCCCCUCGUACACCUUCCCCAGCUCUGGGGAGGUGUCUGAGGAAGGCAGAAACGUUUAUUUUUCCAACAAAAUUCUUGAUUUGAAUAAACUUGGAACGGGUGAAAACCCCAGUGCUCUGAACUUCUGCCCUGGGAAUCAUAGUCUGAGUAACCGCCAUUCCAGUAAUUAUCUAUUUUAAUCCUGAAUUUCUCUCAACACUUUCUAUGUCAUGUAAAAUAUAUAUAGAGAGAGUGGUUAAUAAAAUUCAUGUGACAAUGUUUUGAUUUUUCUUUACAGCUAAAGUAGAACAUUUAAUUAGGAAGAUUUUUCAUAAGAGUGUGCUGUUGUAUAAUGUGGAAUUGCAGGAUCUGUGUAACUUCACUUGUCAUUUACCAGUGUGCUUUACUGUUGCGGAAGAACUAUUUAAUCGGUCGUCUUUACUUUUAGAUUGUUGAAAACAAACAAAAAAGGCAUCCGUAAACAUGUGCCUGGCAAGGAGAAUCCCCCGAUAUUGAGACUAUGCAUGAUAUUUAUGCUGAUAUUGAUGCUGAUGCCCUAUAUUCCUCCGAAAAGGUGUUUUCUUUAGCACUUCUGUCACGCCGAGCCGUGCUUUCCUGGGCAGCUGCGCUCACAGGAAUUAUUGGGAUCAAUAUUACUUUUUUCCAUUCCAACCAUUCUGCAGUGAGGCAGGACAGUAACUGGACAGAGACUCACUAGCUGUGUUGCUAAGGAAAAACAAGACCCAAUUCCAUCAGAUAAUGGGCUAAAAGAAAGCAAAUAUAUUCGUGCCCAUGUAGUGUGUUUAGAGUUUAUAAAAAACACUGGCUGGCUAAGUGUUAGUUGUGUGAGCGUGUGCAUUUUAUUUACUUAUUAAUGUUAUAGGACUUCUCUUUUUUUUCCAUAUUUGUCUUUAAGCUAAUAUGUUAGCAAAUUCCGUGUUUGACUGUUAAACAGAGGUGCACAGCUUUGCAUCUGAGCCUUGGCAGGUCUGUUUGGAGGCAGCAUUUUGCUGGAUUGUAAAAUGAGGUUCUAUAACUUGCAUAUCCCAUUAAAGCAGCUCUUUUUUUUUUUUUUUUUUAAAUAUAUACUCAGGUGUUGAACUGUUUUCAUAUAGACAUUGGCCUUUUAUGUGAAUAUAUUGAAAAUCAUGUCAGUGUUGCUCGAUGCUUGUAUGAAAGAACCUCAUGAAAAUUUCACAGGUACAUUUUAGAACAGACCAUUUUUUAAAAGAGUAAAGAAUUAUGCGCACUUAAGAGUCUGCUGAAAGCUGAACAUUUAAUUUUUAAGGCUGUGCCUCUAAUCUAGAUAUAUUAUAAAGAGUAAUUGUCAGUUGUUAUGGGGGUUAAUGUGUUUUUCUAAGAGAAGCAUACAAGGAACACGAGGUCUUGUUGCAUACAAGAAGACGAUGCAAAUUCCCCAGGGACUAAAGCCCACUUGCGUGGCAGAUGAGGAGCGUGAUUUUGGUUCUUACUCAUGAGAAACUCUGGUGCACUAAUUGCAUGGGUAAGCAACACUACUCGGUUCCUCGCUUUCCCUCUCAGUGUUGCAGAAGGCUGGAAUAAAAUCCCGAGCGCUGAUACCGCGCGUGCCAGCGGCUGCCUCGCGGUCGGGUUUCCAGCCGAUAGUUUUCUCCUGAUCUCGUGCUGCUGCCAGCAACAUCUAUGCAAAUGGUUUCUCUCUGACCUGGCUCCUCAGAGAUUUUUUUUUGUUUCCCCACUAGAAUAGCUGGUAGUUAAGAAUAAUGAUAGCAAUGAAAGAGUAAAAACUCCAAAAUCCAUGGGCAUUGUGGAGAAAUUUCCAGCUAUUUCUGAUGAAGACAUUCAGAAUGUAUGUAACUAUUUUAAUGAUGACUAUUAUAUAUACAUUGACUUUGUCGUGACGGACAUCCUUUCUCCAUGUAGUUUUUUGUUGACCUUAACUUCAUCAUGGCCACUCCACUCUUUAGAGCAGGUAACAUAAUCACUUCCCCAACAGGACUGAGGUGUUUUUGUUGUUUUUUAAUUUCUCUAGUACUUGAUUUUUUUCCCUUUUGGGCUGAGAUGAGAUUAAAUAUGUGGUAUAUAGGGUAGUUCUCUAUCUUAUUGUUAUUUAACAAGUUACGAACCCAUUGCGAUGCUAAUCUCACUGCAGUCUGAAGACUUACGUCCUGUAGGCUAGAAGAAGUGAGAGAAACCCUUUAGAAAUAGCUGAAGCUGUUCAGUUGCACAUCUUCCAGCUGUUGUAUACGUGUAUCUGUACAAGGUUGGUAUUAAUGGGAAAAACUGUCUUUUUUUUUUUUUUAAUCAUGUAAAGAUUUACCACCCUGUGUGUUGUCUGCUUUCAUAUUUACCAUGUGUUUGGAAGGGCUGGGAGUUGUGUAGGAGGCACGGUGCCGGGCGCAGCCGGGCCCGCGAGGUGGAGAAGGGCUGGGAGCCGCCGCGGAGGAGCCCGCGCGCUUCCCCGUCUGCCGCGUCUGCCAUCCACAGCGUGCUGGGGUGUUUUUUUGUUGCUGUUUGACUUUCAGUUCUUUCCACUCACUUUGUACUUUUUUUUCUUUUAUUAAAUCUCACAUUUAUUUUGA